AAUACAGUAUCCGGAAGUUCGGUCUCUGAGGCGCUCUAUAAUUAUUAUAUUUAUCUAGAUUUCCCCUGCUCCUUCCUUCCAUUGAUUCAAACGGGAAACAGCGCUAUAAUGUAACGCCUUCCUCGUAUCAACAUCCGGGCCAAACAGAAGCGCGUUGCCUGAGGAGGAGGCGAAGAGAGGUAAAUUUGUGGGAGCGAGAGAGGGAAGAAGAAGGCCGCGGCGAAGAGCAACUCCGAUUUCGUUUUUUUUUGCUUUCUGCGCAGAUUUAUUGGAAUUUGCCUGUGACAGUCAACAGUGACAAAUGUUAAUUUAGAGUCUGUGCGCAUCAAAGCAGAUCUCUUAGAAUGGAUUUUACAGAGGCCUAUUCUGACAGAUGCUCUGCUGUUGGCCUUGCAGCAAGACAAGGUGAUACCAAACGUUUGAAAAAACUCAUCAGACAAGGAUACAGUGUUGAUGUUCCAGAUAACCGGGGUUGGAUGCCAAUCCAUGAGGCAGCCUUCCAUAACACAAGCAAAUGUCUGAAGCUCUUAAUCGGCACAGCACCUUCUGAUAACUACAUAAGAUCAAAGACAUUUGAAGGCACUUGUCCAUUGCAUCUUUCGGCAAGUCGAGGAAGCUUGGAAUGUGCUGCUAUACUUCUGGAAUCUGGAGCUGAUCCUAAUGAGCUGACUAAUGAUGCAACAACACCUUUAUUUUUAGCUGUUGAAAAUGGACAUACUGAUGUGAUAAAGCUUCUUCUUCAACAUGGAGCAAAUAUUAAUGGGUCCCACUGCUGGUCUGAAUGGAAUUCUUUGCACCAGGCUGCUUUUCAGAGAUAUCCUGAGAUACUGAAAUUACUACUUGACCAAGGAGCCAACAUAGAAUCUGUGGAUGACUUUGGGAUCACACCUUUAUUUGUUGCUGCACAGUAUGGAAAACUGGAAUGUUUAAGAAUACUUAUCUCAUACGGAGCAAAUGUCAAUUGUCAAGCCAAGGACCGGGCCACACCACUAUUUAUUGCUGCCCAGGAAGGCAAGGACGGAUGUGUGGAACUGUUGUUAUCCAGUGGAGCGGAUCCAAACUUGUACUGUAAUGAAGAGGAAUGGCAAUUGCCUAUCCAUGCUGCGGCACAAAUGGGACAUUGCAAUAUAUUGCGAAUGCUCAUACCAGUUACUGACCGGCUCUGUGGCAGUGCUGAAGGCAAAGUGAGUCCUGUCUACUCAGCAGUCUAUGGUGAACAUGUAGAUUGCUUGGAACGAUUGCUCAAAGAAGGCUAUAGCCCAGAUGCCCAACCUUGUCCAAUCUUCAGCUGCAGGUCACCCAUGUCCCUGGCUAUCCAAAAAGGAUGUGAAUUAAUUCCUCUUCUUCUGAAAUAUGGCAUCAAACCUCUGGAAACAGAUUUAAGCCUGUGCUUACACCAGGGAAAGUUCUUGUUAUUUCAGCAUUUCUUGAAGCAGGGUUGCAAACUCCCAUGUGGACAGCACCUAACAGAAUUUUCAAAGUGUGCAAUUAAUGCUGGAGACGAAUAUAGAAAGUGGCUGCCUUCUCUCCUGUUGGCUGGGUUUAAUCCAGUGAAUCUCCUCUGUAAGUCAUGGGUUUAUUCUGUAGAAAACGAUGCUCUAAACCUGCUCCUGGAGUUCACUAACUGGAAGAGGCUUCCUCAGGAUAUGGAACAGAUCCUUUCUGACCACAAAGGAACUUCCACCUGGGUGCCCUGUAGUCAUUUUAAAUGUAUGCCUUCGUUGUCUCAUCUUUGCCGCCUGGAAAUCCGAUCACUCUUAACGACUGAUCGCUUACGAUCGGAUCAGUUUAUCCACCAGUUACCAUUACCUGAUUGCCUGCAGAACUUUUUACUUUAUUCAGACGUAUUAAAUACAUACACUAUUUCAGAAUACUUCCUUAGCUUGUGGGAAGCAUAUGAAGAAAAUCCCUCACUGUCUUCUUCUAAUUCUGAAAAUGCAGAGAGAAGAGAAACGUACGAUUGAUGCAACAUUGUCAAGGCAUUAAAAGCUUCAGCUGUUGUGAAGACCAAAUUCUUGAAUCUACAUUGUAGUUGCUGCAAUAGUAGACAUCUCUACUGUUGUUCCUUAUAGACUAUACUCUCCACAGACACCUUUUUGUAUAGUUUCCAGCAGAUAAGAUUUUAAAUAUUAUUAAAUAUUGCUUUCUGUCAAGGCAAUAUUCAAACAUAUGAAUACUGGAGUAUAUAGAAAUAAAUAUUGUUAUUGAUCACUCCAAAAUAAAGAAAAAUUCUAUA